AUGACCGAUUUAUCUCCCGAUGCGUCCCUGGGGCUACAGAAGACAGAUCCUUCCAAAUUUUUGAGCAGUAUCAUUGGUUCCGCCGUGAUUGUAAAGCUACAUAACGGAGUAGAAUACAGUGGAAUAUUACAAAGUAUAGAUGGAUUUAUGAACGUGGUUCUUGAAGAAGGAAAAGAGAUCAUAGAUGGCCAGCUUAACAGAAACUAUGGAGACGUUUUUGUUAGAGGUAAUAAUGGUAAGUAA